AAGGUAUUGGAAGGUCUACAGGCAGUGAGUCACUAUAUGGAUCGACCGGUAGACGAGCUGAUUCUGGAGAAUAACAAUUUGCCUAGUCUGCCUGGCAAGGUAUUUGCAACUUUACGAGUUUUGCGCUUAAUGCUGCGGAACAAUCGUCUCGAAAGAGUGUCUUCUGGCUGGCUAGAAGGCCUGCAUGAUUCCUUGCUGGAACUGUUUAUCGUCGAGCCCGAACUGCGAUCUCUACCUGUGGACAGUCUGGAAAACUUACAGGGUGUUGAGGCGAUGACACUGCAGAGUCGCGUGAUGAAACGACUUCCGAAAUUCUCUGGUCUACCGAAGCUGAGAUACCUUCAGAUCAAUUCUCCGGCUUUGCUAGAACUCGUCCCGAGAAAUUUCCGAGAUGUUCCCAAUCUAGAGCAGCUGCACAUAUUGGGUAGUCCGAGAUUGGGUAGAUUAGAGGCCGGGCUUCUUCGAGAUCUACCUCGUUUAGAAUUGAUCAACAUUACUGAUUCCGGAAUCCAUUGGAUUCAUCCACGGGCCAUGAUCAAUUUACCGGAGCUCAAGGAACUCUCGUUGGUUGGAAACGCUAUAAUUGACGCUGGUAUGGUCGGUCGCGCGUGCAUGGAUCUUCCAUUGCUGUCGGUGAUACGUCUAGAUCGAAAUCGCAUCAAUCGCCUUGGCGAAGGCUCCUUCGUCGAUCUUCCUGUUUUAUCGCGCCUCUAUCUGUCACGCAAUCAUAUCACCGAGAUAUUUGCCGGAGCUUUCGAGCGGAUACCAGUUCUCAAAUCCAUAGACCUGAAUCACAAUUUGAUUCAUCGUAUACAUCCGGAAUUCUUUCCGCAGCGGACGGGAAAUGCGUUGGAAGAAAUGUGGCUGAUCAACAAUGAUCUUAGUCACGUAGCCGAGAUACGAUCCGUGCUUGAGGCUCUACCAAGACUAAAGUUCCUAGAUGCCAGUCACAAUCAAUUGGAGGAAAUACCCUUCGGUGCUCUAAGAGGCCAUCCCACUUUGGAGAGACUUCAUCUAAAUCACAACAGGCUGGCAUUUUUGCAAAGAGAAACAUUCACAGCGAUGCCAGCGCUCAGAGAACUCAGACUGAAGAACAAUUCUCUGUCAAACCUGCUGGAGGCUCCUUUCUGGAAUUUGCCAGCGUUAAAGGGUCUGGAUCUCUCGGAAAACUAUUUCCGUCACAUAGAACCACGGUUGUUCGCUAAUCUGCCAAAUCUCCGACGGUUAGAUCUUAGCGGCAACGCUAUAGGACUUAUUGAACCCGAGUCUUUUCUGGGCACACCAGCGCUGGAACAUGUCAAUGUCUCCGGGAACGCCUUAUCCGUAAUUCAUCCUAUGACCUUUCAACACUUGACAAACUUAUACGAAUUGGACAUCGGUUUAAAUCGUAUGCUGGAAGUGGUGCCUGGUUUGCCGAAGGAUAUUGAACAUCUUCACAUGUCCAAGAAUCGUAUUGUCGCCCUGCCAACCGUGUCCUCUCAGGAUCUAGCUCUGCCCGCUCUACGAUCAUUGGAUUUAAGCUCGAAUGGGAUUGAGAGAAUUCCGCCUGGUACCCUGGCUAACUUGCCGAACUUGAAAAAAUUAAAUCUGGGAUACAACACUCUGAGAAUCCUAGACGAUGGAGUUUUCGAUGGGCUGACAGGUUUAGAACAGCUGGACUUAAAGUGCAACCGGCUAGUCACAUUGCACGGACGAAGUUUCCGACCUCUAAAGUCGUUGAUGGAUGUGAAUCUUCGGGGCAAUCGAGUGGAGGUUCUGCGACCAGACAUUUUUCAAGAGAACACAAGAUUACAAAGAAUUGACUUGAGCAGAAAUAAUCUCGCACAAAUUCCUCAUGCCGCCUUCGCCAGUACCAGAGACCUUCGUGAACUGUACGCAUCACACAAUACUUUGACCGAGUUACCCGGAUCGCUGCACGGCUUAACGGCUCUACGGGUCCUCGACUUGAGCUUCAACAAGCUGAACAUCCUAUCGCCGGAAACUCUAAGCAGUUUGUCGUCCUUGUUAGAAUUGAAACUGGUCAGAAAUCAUAUACGGGAACUGCGGGAAGGUGCAUUCGACGGAUUGCCCCGACUGUCCCUGAUUGAUCUCGAAAACAACGAUCUCAGGGUGAUCGAGAGAAACGCGAUCAGAGCGUUACCGGAACUGCAAGCUGUUCGACUCGGCAGGAAUCGAUUACAGUCCAUCCCAAUUGGCGCUUUCACCGAAUUACCAUUGCUGCAGAGUGCGGAACUUCAGGAGAAUCAUAUCCAGGAAAUAGCCAGUAAUGCUUUCAUUAACGUGCCACACUUACUUUUCCUUAAUCUAAGUCACAAUCGCCUGCCGGACUUGGAAUACGUCGGUCUGGACGGUCUUCGCUCGUUAGAGGUUCUUGAUCUCAGUUACAAUCGAUUAUCCAGAGUUUCUAGCGACAGUUUAGCAGCUAUGGAGUGGCUAGUGGAACUAAAGAUGGACAACAAUCGAAUUUGUGCCGUGCACGGUUCACCUUUUGACGAUAUGCCUAGAUUACGGGUAUUGAGCCUACGAAGCAAUCGAAUGACCGCGAUUUCUGAAAACGCCUUCAAAAGAUUGCGAUCGAACAUCGCUGUCUUGGAUAUCGACGGAAAUCCAUUAUCCUGUUCUUGCGGCAUGCUUUGGCUGCGAGGUUGGCUGCAGCAGUCUUCCUCAGAAGGUCCUAGAUGCGCUGAUGGCUCUCUUUUUAAGGAGCUCAGAUUAUCGCGACAAGAUUGCCAGCGUGAAAGAUACGUGGAACCAAUUCCUCCAGGCUGCGAGGCUGAAAUGAUUAAUGUUGCGACGCCUUCGGUUUCUUCCUCUGCAUUUGGAAUUACAGAAACGGUACCGUUGUGGAUGAAUCUAAAGGAUUCCUCGACGCAGAGACCUUCCGUUUCUCAGGACUCUGACUAUUUGUACCAGUACGUAGAUUAUCAAGACAACGGAAACGAUACAAGCACAUUGCUGCCCAGCGUGUCUGCCAUCAGCACACCUACCCAGACCGUGAAGAUCAUUCACCCGCCACCACAUACACAAAAGCAUCAAGUGCAGAAGAACGCCACGUCACCAAUAAAAAAGAAUCCUGUGCCACCGUCGGCCGCCAGCUCCGGCUUCACCUUUUUUGGUCUACCUCUGCCAAAUUUGAAUUUUAAUUUGUGGGGAUAUUCGGGCAGGAAAGCGGAGAGAAAAGAGUCUCCGUCGUCGUCGUCAUCGUCGGAUAGACCAGGCCGAGGACGUUACAGGUCCUUCCCACCGACGGAACCGGAAAUUCACAAAGGUGGUUUCAUGCCUUUGCCGCGCGGUCAAAGCGGAUUCGUGCCGAUUGCCGAUCCUAGAUUGAAGCAUGAGAAACAUGCGAAGCAUGACAACACUUCGAGAUCGUUGAAUAUUAGCAGUGCACCAAUACAAGAGGAACAUCCCCGAAAAAGUGGAAACAGCACCGUGACUAAGAUGGAAAAAACUGUCUCCAAAACCGGAAAACCGCGGACAAGUUUCCGAGAAAGAGAAGAAUUACCAACUGCAUCGACGAACGUUCGAUCAACCGGUUUUGAAUCUCAAAAGAUUUCACUCGAUGUCAAUAAGACCAGCCUUAAUGUAUCAAACGCAAUAAAAAGUAGCACGUCGAUAAUCGUUGUGGAAGAUUCAUCGCAAGAAGCUUACGAAACAUCGGUGUCCACCGAGAUUUAUGAUGGCGGAAGUUUAGAAGUAAAUACAAAAGAUACUAAAUUUAUAGAGAAGCCGCAGAUGGAAAUUGCUAAUAGAAUAGUUUGGACUACACCAAAAGUAAUAAUAGAGGAAACGAAAAAAUCUAUGAUUGCCAAGGAGACUGUGACUACAACGAUGGCACCAUCAAUGGAGGUAGUACCAUCGAAAGAAACCGGAUCCAAAGACUGGCACUUUGAAUAUGAAACAUCUGAAUAUGAAAAAGAUUCGAUUCUGGACAGUACAACUAACUCUUAUGAGGAUUUUGACAAUUCGGACAUUGUGACAAAAGUGGAUGCGGAACCGAUUCCAUACUUCUCAGCACCCACAAUGAUCUCUACGUCAAAUCUACGGCCCAAAGAAACCACAACUGUUACUUCGAGAGGGACGGAGGCAUCCGCUCUAUCUGCGCUUUUGAUUCCUGGGGGACAAGUACCGUUUUCGGGACCCACAGUAAAUAUACGUCCACUUGGCAGAUCUACGAUAACCAAAGUUGCCUCGCCGUACAUCAGCUACAGUGCCGAGCAAUUCAGGGAGAAACAGAAGUCAAUCGCUGCUCAGAAAAGCGAGAUUGUCGACGAGACGACGACCGAAAGUCAGAACGAGGCGUUCGUCAUCGACGAUGAGGCCAAAGUGAUAAACGACAGUCCUUUCAACUGGUACUUCCAACAUUACAACGAUACGAAUUUGGAACCUUACGUAGGUAUAGCUUACAACGCUGCCGAAAAGAUCGACGCCUAUCCAUGGUUUCUCUUGCUUAUUUCUAGCGUUUUGAUAUAGAAAAAUUUAAAGUUUGUAUAGCAGGAUUCUAGAUAAUUUUUAAAUAGACAGAUUAAUCGCUGACUCAUACGAAAAAUCAAAUAUACUUGUAAUAUUUGUUAAUAAAUGCUGUAGUACAUGGCUGUUUUAAAUCACCAAUCAUACACGUAUGUAUGUACAAUCAUGUUACGUAUAUGAUUGAAGAAAGUUAUAUUAUCUUAGAAAGUUAUAUAUGCACAUUAUUCCGCCCAAACAUGCACAAAAAUUGUACAUGUACAAAAAUAACACAUUUAUAUAUAUAUAUUUUUUUUUGCGAUUUGUAUAUCCUUGUUGAAAAUGAGUGUAAGUAGGAAAGCAUUUCUAUAUCAAUGAUAAUUUAAUAACACAAUAUAUAAGUAAAAGAUUAUUUUAUUAUUAAUGUAAUAUUUUUUCUUAAUAGAAUGACUUGUAUUUCCUAAAAAAUACAUUAUCUAUAUCUAUCACACAUGUUAAUUGAAACAUAAUUUUUAAGCAACAUGCCUAAAGCGAUUUAAAAAAGUACAUCAAUUGCUUGUUAUUAUUUGAAUAGAUGAAAUUGCAAGAGAAAAUAAAUAAUUGUGUUUCAUAUAGAGUA